AUGGCUUCCAAGGUCUUCAUCGUCACCGGCGCCAGCAAGGGCCUUGGCGCAGCCAUUGUCGAGCAGCUACUAGCGCAAUCACACAAAGUUGUCGUCACGGCCAGGUCUGAGGAACAGCUGCAGAAAUUCAAGGUCGCACAUCCCGGCCAGGUGGAAUAUCUCGCGGCCGACAUCACAAGCUCAGGGAUUGCCGAAAAGCUCGUCGACCUCGCCGUCGCCUCAUUUGGAAGACUCGACGGCGUUGUCAUCAACCAUGGAAUCCUGGAGCCGGCCAAGCUCGCGUCCGAGUCAAUGGACGACAUCAGGCGCGUCUACGAGAUAAACUUCUUCAGCUAUGUGGCCAUGGCCAAGGCUAGUCUGGAUGAGGUCAAGAAGACCAAGGGCUGCAUCCUCUGGGUUUCGUCAGGAGCAGCUCUCAAGCCUUACGUUGCCUGGAGCACCUAUGGCUCCUCCAAGGCAGCCGUCAACUCCAUGGCUUCUCAUCUCGCCGUCGAAGAGCCCGACAUCACCAGCAUCACCAUUGGGCCCGGGCGGGUAGACACAGACAUGCAGGCAACCCUGCGUCUCAAGGGCAAGGACACCAUGGACGAGAAGCAGUACCAGAGCUUUGUCGAUGCCUUUCAGCAGGGCGCCCUGCUCAAGCCGGAGCAGCCAGGAGGCGUCAUGGCCAAGUUUGUGGCCAACCCUCUGCAUGAGCUGAGCGGACAAUAUCUUGUCUGGAACUCACCUGAGCUGGCGGCGUAUCAAGCUUGA